GACAGCGAAGGAGCGCCAUCGCAACUUUCCUCCCCGACUUCAUUCCGACUUUUUGUGAAUCUUUCUCGGGGCCUUCUCUUUCUGAACAUGUUCUCCAUUCCAAGUCCUUUCUGUACUCUUUAGACACACUGCACUGGAAUUCAAACCGACUCGACUGGCUCUUUCCCUGGCAUUCUUUCUUGGAUUUGCUGUUUUCAACCGGGUUUCUCAGACUCGUCCAGUUUGGGUCUUGAAGGUUCCGGACGAAAGAGUGAAGACAUAACACAGUCCAGUCGACAUCAACACAGGAUGACGCAGAGGCUGAAGAUUUGGUUUGCGUGUGUGUGUGUGGGCGCCCUGAUCUCAACAGGGCAAAGUCUACUUGAUGCAGAACUUAAAGAGAGGGAUGCGGACACCGAGAACGACCUUGACACAAGCGACUCGCCUAGCGUGGACACGCUUGGAAAACAUGCUGCUGGGAUGACAGUUAAUGCUGAACUCACCCCUGACCUCGAGGCAGACAAGGAGGCCAAAAAGUCCCUGACGACUGAGACAGGAAGCCUGAGUUCCACCACAGCUAUCCCCUCCGAAGAGAGAGAGGAGCAGAGCUCACAAGCGGACGAAGAGGAAGGGAGAGCGACGGACAAGCAAACAAGCGACGCCGGGGAGCGGGAGGGUCGGAGGGGGAGAAGGGGAGCGUGGGGGAGGAGACAUGCUGCUACAGUAGAGGCUACAGCGUACAGAGUGGUUGGGUUAGGGCGCUCCCUGGAGGGUUGGAAGAGGCGAGGCGCGCGCGCAGGAUCUCCAGCUGCGGAGACAGGAGCCCUGAAAACGGUCCUGACAGAGAUGCACAGCGAGAAGAGCAAACUCUUGGAUGAGGAAAAGGGGGGGAAGCAGGAAGAGGAAGAAGAGGAGGAUGACGACGACGACGACGACGAGGAGGACGAUGACGAUGACGAGGAGGAAGAGGAGGAGGAAGAAGAGGAGGAGGAAGAGGACGAGGAGGAGGAAGAGGAGGGGACUGAGCCACCCACCAAUCAGACCGAGGCACGCAGCAGCUUCACAGAGACGCUCCCAGCAGCUUGCCGGACCUCUGGCGGACACAUGAACUGCAAAGGCGUGGGCAUGACUCACCUACCCAUCAUCACUGACCUGGGGGUCACGACCCUGGACCUGUCAGAGAACAACAUCAGUGUGAUCGCGCCUCGCGGUCUCUCAGGCCUGCCCAACCUGGAGGAGCUGGACCUGAGUAAGAACCAACUGGAUGAUAACUCCCUCAGCACUCACCUCUUUGCUAAUCUAACCCACCUGAAGAGGCUCUUCCUGGACGGUAACCAGCUGACCCGCCUCCCUCCGAUGCCCUCCUCUCUGGAGGAGCUCAAAGUCAACGCUAACAGGAUCAGCAUCCUCACUCCACACAGCUUCAAAGGGCUGUUCCACCUCCUGUCUCUGGAGCUGGAGGAGAACGGCCUCCAUGACGGCAACGUUUCACCUUUGACCUUCAAGCCCCUGAGGAGGAUGCAGUACCUCCGCUUGGACAACAACGGCUUCCGCUCCCUCCCCCUGGGCCUGCCUGCGUCACUGCUGGAACUACGGAUUCAGGAGAACCACAUCGAGGAGGUGACCGAGGAGGCACUGAAGAAGUGCGUCCGUCUGCGAGUUCUGGACCUCAGCCAGAACCUGUUGCAUGACGACAGUGUGGCCGCCGGCGCCUGGGUCCCGCUCGCGAAACUGGAAGCCUUGGAUCUUUCCCACAACCGUCUCACCUCCGUGCCGCUGUACCUGCCCAAACAGCUGCGUCAGCUCCUCCUGCAGAACAACGCCAUCGACCGGAUCCCCGCUCACGUGUUCCGCCACUUGCGCCCCGGCCUGGAGUCUCUUCGCCUGUCCCACAAUGCCCUGGGAGACGAGGCCAUGCAGCCCGUGUCCUUUUUCGGGCUCUACCGGACGCUCGCUGAGCUGCAAUUGGACAAUAACCGCCUGGAGGUGGUGCCUCGCUGCAUGUGCAGGUUUAAGAGGUUGCAGGUGCUGAGGCUGGACCACAACCACAUCAGGUCGGUGCCGCGGGCGGCGGUGUGCCACGUGCGGGUGGAGAGAGAGUCUCCUGUGGUCUCCCUGCACCUGGAGAACAACCUGCUGGACGUGGCCAACAUCCCCCCCAAAGCCUUCUCCUGCCUCCGAGACCCUCGCAGUGUGAUCCUGGAGCCCCAGCAGGCCCAGGCCUGAGGGGACUGGGGCUCACACACACACACACACACACACACACACAUACAUACACCUUUAGGUUAGGAGGCGGGGCAGGGGCUUUCUUACAAUCUUUAACAUUUGACAUCUUGACCCACGUGCUACAUCUCCACCAUCACACUCUGUCUCAUAUCUCCCCUACUCCUGAACAAUGAUGAUGAUGGCGACUGAGAAAAUGAAGAUGAAGGGAAAAAGAUCAUGAUGGCCUUUUUAAGAUUGUGUCGAUGGCAUUGUUGAUGUCUCUUGUACUGUGUGUAUCCAAACGGCAGUGUUUCCUUGGCUCAGACAGAACACAAACCGAUUGCAGCUGCAUAAGAGAACAUCCUGCGGUCCAAAACGAAAUUGUGAUAUGCCACUGUGGCAGCCCAAAGCAAUCAAACCAAUAAAGAGAUCUCUCAAUCUAUCCCUCAGACCAGGGUGGACCAACCCCA